GCGAAACCGCUAUAGGAAAGGGAAAGAAAGAAAGAAACCAAGGGUUGGUUUGUUGCUGAAACGGUCGUCUCUUCAAGUCUCGAGUCUGAACCCUCGUCGUCUCCAUCCCAUCCCAUCCCUUCCAGGCUUCCACUACCAUUUCGUCUCAAUUCCCAAUCCAAAAACACAACAAGAGGGGAAAAAAGAGGAGAAAAAUCGCAACUUUACCGGUCCAAGGAUUGGUAGAGAGCAGGGCGAUAGAUAUUCAACUUCGUUAGUCCAAAGGCGACAUCCCUUUCCUACUUGGGCAUCAACUCGUUCAAAGGUCAGCCUUUUGGAAGUGGGAGUCCUUGACUGACCGGGGGGUGCAGUUGUUGGUGUUUAGUAUGCUUGCUCUUGGUGGUCCAAAGAUUGGGCUUUGACCCGGCUUUGGCCGUCGUCGAGGCCGAUUGAGGCGGCGGCAGCGGGGAAUUCCUCGAUCCGCGGUGAAAAGAUUGGGUUUUGAACUCCACCUGAGAGAGAGAGCUUGGGUUGGAGUGAUUUUUGGUUCUGCUCCAUGUUUACCCGAUUUGGGAGGUGAGGAGGCUAGCUAGGUGUUGGAAGGAUUGCGGCGAGGAGAUAUGGCCGGAGCAGGAGCCGUGGGCGGGAGCAACUGGGAGGAGAUGGUGAGGAGGAUGCUCCCCCCGGGGACGACCAUCCCGGAGGCGCCGGCCAACCUCGACUACUCGAUUGCGCUCGAGUAUGACGGCCCGCCGGUGUCCUACGAGCUCCCCCGGAUCGAUCCUGUCGACCUGCCGGCGAUACCCACGGCGCAGCUGGUGUCCGGCCCGAUUGGGAAUGGCGUGGCGCCGGUCGUCAGGCCUGUGUAUAUGCCAGUGCACCGGAAGCAAGAUGCUCGACGUGCUGAGCCACCGGUUGCACAGGUUAGGAGAAGCUCGGAAUCCGUCGAUUCGGUACCACGGAAUGAGGAGUUCUCCGACGAUGACUCCUGCUCCGUGUCGCAAGAAUCUGCGCACAAUUAUCAUGGGCAGAGGGCUAAUAGGACAACUGCUCAGGAGGGAAGAAGAGCUCAGGUAGUCACCUUUGGGGUCACUGAGGACAGCAGGUAUGAGAGCAAAGAAUUUGAUGAUGUAUCAGAACAGUAUGUGGCGGUGACCAAGAAGGAGAAGAGGGGAAGGACCUGCAGCCGUUGCGGCAAAAGGAAGUGGGAGAGCAAGGAAUCAUGCAUUGUUUGUGGUGCAAGGUUUUGCAGCUACUGCGUGCUCAGGGCCAUGGGCUCGAUGCCAGAAGGGCGGAAAUGUAUAACUUGCAUUGGCCAGGCAAUCGAUGAGAGCAAGCGGUCCAAGCUAGGGAAGGGUUCGAGGAUACUAUCACGACUGCUCAGCCCAUUGGAAGUAAGGCAAAUACUGAAAGCUGAGAAGGAGUGCCAAGCAAACCAGCUCCGACCUGAGCAACUCAUCAUAAAUGGGUUUCCCCUUAAUCAAGAAGAGAUGGCCAGCUUGCUUAGUUGCCAACGGCCUCCUCAAAAGCUGAAACCUGGAAGAUAUUGGUACGACAAGGAGUCAGGCUUGUGGGGAAAGGAAGGAGAAAAACCAGACAGGACUAUCAGCACUAACCUAGCCUUUAAUGGAAAGCUUCAGCCCAAUGCCAGUAAUGGCAACACGCAGGUUUAUAUGAAUGGAAGAGAAAUUACCAACAUUGAACUGAGAGUUUUGAAGAUCGCACAAGUUCAGUGCCCCCGUGACACUCACUUUUGGGUUUACCAUGAUGGUGGCUAUGAGGAAGAAGGUCAAAACAAUAUCAAAGGGAAAAUAUGGGAGUCACCUGUGACACGUUUUGCAUGUGCCUUGUUUUCACUACCUGUGCCUCCUGCAAACUCUGAUGAACCAAGAGACGAAGCUCCUUAUUCAGCAAGAACGGUUCCUGAUUACUUAGAUCAGAAAAGAGUCCAAAAGCUUCUUAUACUUGGAUCACCUGGAGCUGGUACAAGCACCAUAUUCAAGCAGGCAAAGUUAUUAUACGACACUAGAUUUACCCAAGAAGAACUUGAUAGUAUCAAAUUAAUGAUCCAAAGCAACAUGUUCAAGUACCUCGGGAUCCUUCUUGAGGGCCGUGAGCGUUUUGAGGAAGAGGCUUUAGCUGGAUCAAAUAACCCAAGCUCAGAGGAUGAGAAUACGCAGCAUGAUGGAAGUCAAUCGAAUGGUUCAAAUUCUUGCAUAUACUCGAUAAAUGCAAAGCUGAAGAAGUUCUCAGAUUGGCUUUUGGACAUCAUAGCGAUGGGAGACCUUGAUGCAUUCUUCCCUGCAGCUACGCGUGAAUAUGCUCCAAUUGUUGAGGAAAUGUGGAAGGAUCCUGCCAUACAAGCAACAUAUAAAAGAAAAGACGAAUUGCAUUUUCUCCCUGAUGUUGCUGAGUACUUCUUGAGCAGGGCCAUUGAAGUAUCAAGUAAUGAGUACGAACCUUCAGAGAAGGAUAUAAUUUAUGCUGAAGGAGUAACACAAGGGAAUGGAUUGGCCUUCAUUGAGUUCACCCUGGAUGACCGCAGCCCUAUGUCAGAGCUAUACACUGACAAUCACGAGGCGCACUCUCAGACACUAAACAAAUAUCAGCUGAUUAGAGUAAGUGCCAAGGGAAUGAAUGAGGGAUGCAAGUGGAUGGAAAUGUUUGAGGAUGUCAGCAUGGUGAUAUUCUCAGUAGCACUCAGUGACUAUGACCAGCUGGGGGCCCCUUCAAGUGGCGGCAACAGUCCCCUUAUGAACAAGAUGAUCCAAAGCAGGGACUUGUUUGAGGCUACAAUCAGGCAACCAUGUUUCCGCGACAUGCCAUUUGUUCUUGUGCUCAACAAGUUCGACCUCUUCGAGGAGAAGAUCGGACGCGUCCCGCUCUCCACCUGCGAGUGGUUCAACGACUUCAGCCCGCUCCGGACUCACCACAACAACCAGUCGCUGGCUCACCAGGCGUUCUACUACGUCGCCAUGAAGUUCAAGGAGCUCUACGCCUCCUUCACUGACCGGAAGCUGUUCGUGUGGCAAGCGCGCGCCCGGGACAGGCUGACGGUGGAUGAAGCCUUCAAGUUCAUCAGGGAGGUGCUCAAGUGGGAGGAUGAGAAGGAUGUGGGCGGUUACUACCCAGAUGAGUCGUUCUACAGCACCACAGAGCUCAGCUCCUCACGCCUGAUCAGACAAGAAUGAGGGGAGUGAAUCACAUUGCCCAGAAAGAAACAAAGACUGGAGCUGGAGAAUGUUGCUCUUCUUUUUUUCUCAGUACCUCUAUUUUUCUUCCCCUUGGGGUGAAUUUCCAACCAAUUUAGAUCUGUGCAGGCAGAGAUGGUUACUGAUUGUAUUGUAUAGUGUUUGCUGUGUUAGAUUGUCAGGUGGAGAUGAUGUUUGUGGUGUGUUCUUUAUAGAUCAUUAAUUAAAACAUUUUCCAUACUAAUUUGCCAAUCAAAUAUAGUGGAGGGCAAGAAAUAGUUAGCUUG